AUGUCCUACAAGAAGAACUAUCAAUCUAUUAGCAAAAGAGCGCCGCGGAUGCUGCAUCGUGCCGAAAAUGAUGAGACCAGCGAAGCGGUGCUCUCGUGGAUGAUGACGCUGAACAUGUCGCAAUCGCAGCUCGGCGAUCGAGAGACCCCGUCGAACGCGUGUACCAUCAUUGCCAUUAACGUUGCCGAUUUGUGUCAUAGAGUGGCUGCUGCUGAGGCAUCGAAAGACGCCGAGAAGACAAAUUCGAAGAAGAAAACGAGCGAGGAAGGGAAACCGACCAAUAAAGAGAAGAAUAGGGACAUUUUCACGAUACCGGAGGCGAUCCACGAAAUUCAACGCUGCUACCAUAGACAAAAUCACGAGAUCGACUAUGCGCUGCCCCAUUUUGCCCACAUGAAUACUCUACUUCAUCGUCAUUGCCGUCAAGCGAGCCGUCUUCAUCGCUUUUCAACGAGAGACGAACGCAGUAGCGCUCUUCGACUCGCACAAUCGUGGCGGGGCGAUUGCGUGUGUCUCGACGAAUCAACUCAGCAACCUCGCUCGAUGGAUGAUGAAAAGGAUCUACCCGGAAUUGCUGAAGAAAUCGGAGGAAAGGCAUCAUGCGUGCAAGUGCUUGGACCGAGCGAGAAAAACGAUGCGCCGAAUGUCGUCUACUGGCUGAAAGUCACGGCUCGGAUUUUCCUCAAAGAAGGAGAAACGCAUUAUUGUCAAGAGAGGCGCUUGAACGAACGGAAGAAGCGAAAAUUCUUGGAGACGCUGACACGCCCUUUAAGCGGCUCGUCGGACGAGAGCAAUGACUUGGAGAAUGCGAUGGCCGAGUGCAGUUUUCUCAGGGAAUUCGACGACGAGGACGAUAUGGAAGAAGUGGGCCGA